AGCUGGAGCUGGGGGUUUGGACUUCUUCUCUUGUCUUCUCACGUAAUAUUCUGAUUUAUCUAGCCGUUAGUAGCACCUCCAUGUCGCCAACUAGUGGCCUUGUUGUGGAUUCUGCUGGCCCAUCCCUGUUUUCCGUGACUUUUCUUUGUCCAUCGCCCCGAUAAUUAUCCCGCUCAACACUUGACAGCUGCACCUCAGCUUCCAACUCCACCUCGCCCACCAGCUUCCAACCCCACCUCGCCCACCAGCAUGCGACGAACAACACGAGGCGGUUGCAUCGCGCCGAUAUUGCUGCUCAGCCUAAUACCAUUAUUCACAGCUCUCGCUCUCGCAUCAGCAUCGCAAAACCAAAUACCGCUGUCAUUACCCGAACAAAGACGGCCGCCCCUGGCAACACUCCGAAAUGGCACCUACGAGGGCGUCUACUCGCCCACCUUCGACCAGGACUUCUUCCUCGGCAUGCCCUACGCCCAGGACACGUCCGGCGCGAACCGCUUCCGUGUGCCGCAGCACGUCGACGAGGCCUGGGGCGGCACGCGGUCCGCCACGCGCUACGGCCACGCCUGCCCCGACAUGGAGCCCGAGGAGGACGCACUGUGGGGCAUGUCGGAGGACUGCCUGAGCAUCAACAUUGUGCGCCCGGCCGGAGAGCCCCCUAAGAGCAAACUGCCCGUGCUGUUCUGGAUCCACGGCGGCAGCUACCAGGUCGGCACGUCGGGCCUGGACCGCUACAACCUCAGCUGGAUCGUGCAGCGGUCCGUCGACAUGGGCCGCCCCGUGCUGGCCGCGAGCAUCAACUACCGCAAGGGCGCCUGGGGACUUCUGAGCUCCGUCGAGCUGCACGGGUCCGGCAACACCAACCUGGCGCUGCGCGACAUGCGCCUGGCGCUGGCCUGGGUCCAGGACAACAUCGCGGCCUUUGGCGGCGACCCCGGCUGCGUGACCAUCUGGGGCGAGAGCGCCGGGUCGUUCGCUGUCGGCCAGCUGCUGAUGAGCUACGGCGGCCGCGCCGACGGCCUGUUCCACCGCUCCAUCCAGCAGAGCGGCAGCGCCGCCACCGCCUGGUACAACGGCACCGAGUGGUACCAGCCCAUCUACGACAGCCUCGUGCGUCGCGCGGGCUGUGCCGACACUCCCGACACCCUCGCCUGCCUGCGGUCCGUCCCCUACGCCACGCUCUACCCGCUGCUCAGCAGCAGCAGCAGCAGCAGCAGCAAGCCGAGCUUCUACCCGACGGUCGACGGCGACGUCCUCCCCCAAUUCCCAACCGAGCUGCUCCGCGCGGGCCGCUUCGCGCACAUCCCGCACCUGUACGGCAGCAACUCGGACGAGGGGACGGACAACGCGCCGGCGGGGCUGGACACGGACGGCGACGUCGAGGCGUUCCUCGCCACGCGGUCCGGCUUCGGCUUCCCGCGCGCCGCGGUCCGCCGCAUCAUGGAGCUGUACCUGGACGACCCGGCGCAGGGGAUCCCGCUGGACACGGGCGGCGAGCGCUUCGCACGCCGCGGCUGGCAGUACAAGCGCGCGGCGGCCAUCCUCGGCGACGUCUUCUACCACGCCCCGCGCCUCGACGACGCCCGCCACUACGCCGCCCACCGCCCCGCCGACACGUUCGUGUACCGCUUCAACACACGCGCCUGGGUCUCGGCGCUCGGCCCGGGCAAGGCGAACCCCGCGUGUGAGGCUGUCGACGGCAACGGCAAAAACGACACGCGCCGCAGGAUGGGCAAGGCGUGCGGCGCCAUCGCGCCCGCCCACGAGGGCGUCGCCCACGCCACCGAGCUGGCGUUUGUGUUCCGCAACCCCGCCUGGCUCGGCCCCUGGCCGCAGUACCGCGCCCUCAGCGACCGCAUCAGCGCCAUGUGGAUCAAUUUUGCUCACGACGGGGACCCGAAUGGCCCGGGUGCGGGGGAUGGAGGUGUGGGAGAUGAGGUCGUCUGGCCGCCGUAUGCCAGCGGCGGCGCCGAGGGUGCGAACCUGGUGCUGCAGACUGAGCAGCAGGGCGGCUCAUCCCACCCUCAGAGCCCUGCUGGGCCGCACCGACGACUGCGAGGCCGAGGGGGCGCGGAGCACGCCGAGUCACGCGCGUUCGCCGACGAGGAGCUAAUAAAGACUUACUGCACGCACAAGGCCGGGGCCGACUGCCUCGAGCGGGGCGACUACGCGCACGAGUGCCUCCUCUUCAGUAGCAGUAAUGCCAAUAGCAGCAAAGAACACGGCGGCGGCGUCUGGACGACGACGGCCGAGCCGCCCAAUGCCUGCUUCGAGCGCUUCAGCCCAGCCGCUACGGCGUGUGCAGUGAGCAACAACGAGAAGCUCCUUGAGCGGGUGGAACAGCGGCUUGCAGCUUUUGGUCAGACGGAUCCUGUGCCUGAAGAUAUUGUGCGGUGGAGGAUACGGGACCUUAGUGUGAAACAUUUUAAUGACCUUGUUGGCCUUCCAGACAGCGAACCAGACGACCAAUGCCGACGGCUUCUUCCACGACGUGCCAGCGGAGGGGCCGUCGUGGGCGCAGCAUGCCUGGCAGAAAUCUACGAGAGCGGCCUCGGGCUGGUGUCGUCCGCAUGGACCGACUGGCGACGGUCUCCGGUCCACGCUGUGCUAGCAUCUGUGAUACGGCUGCUCGUCGUCGAGGACGGCUCUCCGGUAAAAUGCCACGGAUACAUCGUUGGCACGUGGACGAGCAACAAGCUCGGCCGCGAGUGGGCGGGCGUGCGGCUGCUUCUUGUGAACACCGAGUUCUUCGCUGAGGGAUCCGACGAGCCGCGGCUGUUUGCCUUCGGCCCCGAGUCGCUGGGAGGAGAAGCCACCUCCAAGUCUCAAAGCCCGCAAUGUGCUUCUUUGCCGGCAACCUCAGCCCCUAUCUCUUCCGUCACGCGCCUGAGCUGGUACCCAAGAGGUACUACACGCAAGAAAUUAACCGCCGUGGUGGAGGCGGUUGGUGCAGAAGCAGAACCCGGCGGAUAA